AUGAACGGGGAGAUGAAAUCCAAGGAUGAGAAGAAGUCCGGCGAGGGGGAGCAAAGAUCCGACGGUGCGGCAAAGGACGCUGCCGAUGCCUACACCAACGCCGAGAAACAACCACUGGCUUCUCACACAAACCCAAACUCGAAGCCUGGAGUGACUUUCGCCUCUCAAGACAAGCUGCCAAAGCUGCCAAUCCCCGACCUUGAGUCGUCAUGCAAGAAAUAUCUGGAGGCACUGAAGCCUCUGCAGACACCGAAGGAGCAUCACGAAACCGAGAUAGCCGUUCAGGAGUUCUUGAAGAACGACGGUCCAGAGCUCCAAAACAAGCUCAAGAAGUACGCAGCCGACAAGGCGAACUACAUUGAGCAAUUCUGGUAUGACUCAUAUCUGAACUUUGAUAAUCCCGUCGUGCUCAACCUCAACCCCUUCUUCCUACUGGAGGAUGACCCUACCCCAGCUCGUAACAAUCAAGUGACUCGAGCGGCAUCCCUAGUCGUUUCUGCGCUCUCUUUCGUUCGAGCAGUGCGAAAAGAGGAGCUUCCCCCGGACACCAUCAAAGGGCAACCCUUGGACAUGUACCAAUACUCAAGACUGUUUGGUACGGCACGGAUACCCACAGACAACGGCUGCCAGAUAGGGCAGGACCCGAACGCAAAGCACAUCGUCGUUCUUUGUCACGGACAGUUCUACUGGUUUGAUGUGCUUGACGACAACUCGGACUUGAUUAUGACUGAGAAGGAUAUUGCAGUCAACCUCCAAGUGGUCAUCGAGGAUGCUCAAGAGAUUCCCAUUCAGGACGCCGCAAGAGGCGCGCUUGGCGUCCUUAGUACAGAGAACCGGAAGGUUUGGUCUGGGCUUCGAGACGUUCUCCACCGAGAGGAGGGCUCGAAUAACUCCGACUGCCUAAACAUCGUAGACUCGGCCCUCUUCAUUCUCUGCUUGGAUUACACCGAACCUCAGACCGGGGCAGAUCUUUGCACGAACAUGCUCUGCGGUACUAGCAAGGUUGAGCGUGGCGUGCAGACCGGAACUUGCACGAACCGGUGGUACGACAAGCUUCAGAUCAUUGUGUGCAAGAACGGUAGCGCAGGGAUCAACUUCGAGCACACUGGCGUGGACGGCCACACGGUGCUUCGCUUCGCCAGCGACGUCUAUACAGACACCAUCCUGCGUUUUGCGCGAACGAUCAACGGCCAGGCGCCCAGCCUGUGGGCGUCUCAAAGCCCAGAUCCCGCCAAACGGGACCCGGACAGCUUCGGAGAUGUCAACACGACACCGCAUAAGCUUGAGUGGGACAUGAUACCGGAGCUGAGCACCGCUUUGCGCUUCGCCGAAACGAGACUCGCAGACCUGAUCCAGCAGAACGAGUUCCAGAUCCUGGAGUUCAUGACAUACGGCAAGAACUUUAUAACCUCGAUGGGCUUUUCGCCUGACGCAUUCGUGCAGAUGGCAUACCAGGCAGCCUACUACGGUCUCUACGGACGCAUGGAAUGCGUCUACGAGCCGGCCAUGACCAAGAUCUAUUACCAUGGGCGCACCGAAGCCAUCCGGCCCGUGACGACCGAGUCAACCGAGUUCGUAAAGACGUUCUGGGGCGAUAACCCCGCGCAGCAAAAAGUCGACGCCCUGAAGCGCGCCUGCCAGAAACACACCGCGAUCACGAAAGAUUGCGCCAAAGCCAACGGGCCAGACCGCCACCUCUUUGCCCUCUACUGCGUCUGGCAGCGCUCGCUCGAAGACGACAACUACGACGUCGCCAGCACCGACGGCACAGAUAUGGACAGGGACAGCACACGCCCCACAAGUCCGAACGGCUCGACUUCCGACAAAGACACGCGCUCCCCCGGCCGCCGCUCCACCAUGCUGUCGGAAGCUGAAUCCACGUCCGCGUCGCCGCCUGCACAUGUAGCACAGCACAACAUGCCGUCCCUCUUCGCAGACUCAGGCUGGGACAAGCUCAACACAACCAUCCUAUCCACCUCGAACUGCGGCAACCCGUCCCUGCGCCAUUUCGGCUUUGGACCUACCUCAGGCGACGGCUUCGGCAUCGGCUACAUCAUCAAAGACGGCUCCGUCUCCAUCUGCGCGAGCAGCAAGCACAGGCAGACGAAACGGUACAUCGAUGCGCUGGAGAGCUACUUCCUGGAGAUGCGGAAGCUGCUCAGGCAGACAAAGAAAAGGGGCGCGAGCGCCACGAAUGCGUCUCGUGCGAGAGAAGCGGAGGAGAAAAGGCCAAAGGCCAACAGGAUCAAGAGCCGUGGCCGGAUAGUUCUCGGCGAUGGGAAGACCGGCUCAGCAAUACAGGCGCCGCAGCACGAUGAUAUUGAGGCCGAGGAGAGCGAUGAUGAGGGCCUUGGUGGAUGUAGGCGGAUUUCUGGAUUCUCUUCUGGUUCCCGUUCUGUUUUGUCGCGGCAUGAUAGUGUGACGGGAGUGGAGUUCUAUGCGCUGCCUGCCAUUUCAGAGCGUCCGCCGUCACCGCCGUUCAAGCCUAGUUUUCUGGCUUCGCCGGUUUUGGUGGCGAGUUGGGGAUCGCGCAGCCCGCCGGCACGGUGCAGGCACACCACACGUGCUGCUUCGACGUCGUCGGCGGGCGAUUCGCCCAGGAAGCCGCAGAAGCUGUCCACUUGUCUCGCCAUCGUGUCAUGA